AUGUUUUCAUCUUCAUCCAGAAACUCACUAUUGUCACCCUGGUCGUCCAUGGAGCAGCCGGACGGUGAAGGGCUGGACAUCAGCACCAAAGUGCAGCUGCAUGGAGUGCUGUGGAAGAGGCCCUUUGGACGGCCAUCAGCCAAGUGGUCCCGCAGAUUCUUCAUCAUCAAAGACAGCUUCUUGCUCUACUAUGCAGAGAGCGAGAAGAGAAACUUUGAGACCAACAGGUACUUCAACAUCCAUCCCAAGGGAGUCAUUCCUCUGGGAGGAUGUGUGGUGUCAGCGAAUGAGGCCAUGGGGAUGCCCUUUGCCAUUGUGGUUAACCUGGAAGAUUUCUCUGGUACCAUAGUACUGGCUGCUGAGUCUGUGAAAGAGCAGCUCCAAUGGAUGGAAAUGCUCCAGGACUCAGGGAAAGUUACGUGGAAAAACGCUCAGCUUGGGGAGGCUAUGAUUGAGAGUCUGGAGGCUCAGGGACUGCAGCUGGCCAAAGAGAAGCAAGAAUACCUCGAUAAGCUAAUGGAAGAGACAGAGGAACUUACACAUCAAAGGGCACAGAGAGAGGAGUUGGAGCGGCUGAACCAAGUCCUGGAGGAGGAGAAAAUGAAAUUUGAAGAGGUGGUGCUGGAGCUGAAAGCAGAGCAGGAGCACAUCAAACUAGACCUGGACGGCACAUCUCAGUCCCUGAAAAAUGUCGAGCAGGAAAAAGAAGAGCUGAGCUGCUUGACAGUUACACUUCAGAAGUCUAUCGAGGAGCUCUCCCAAGAGAAACAGCGAAGACUGGAGCAGCUGGGAGUGAAGGAGCAGGAUGACAAGAAGGUGGAGGUAGUGGAGGAGAAUUCUGAGCUGAGCUACAAGAAAUCUGAGGAUGGAGAAGAGCUUGAAGAUCAAGAACUGCUGCAGGAUUUGCGACACAUUGAGGAGCAAAUGAAGAUCCUGCUGAAGGAGAAGGAGCAGGCUGAUGAGAAGCUCUGGGAGAAUGAGCAGCGGGCUAAAGACCUGCAGCAGGAGAGGGAGUACUACUCAUCUCAGGCUCAGACGCUGCAGCAGUCGCUCUCUCAGCUCACAGUGGACAAGCAGCAGACUGAGGCUGAGCUCAAGGCGGAGAUUGAGUCUCGGGUGGAGCUGGAGCAGAGGUUGAAGCAGGCAGAAGAGGCUCUGCAGGACCUGGAGAAAGGCCUGAAUUCACUGGAACGAACCAAAGAGCGAGAUGAGAAGAUGAAGGGGGAUGUCACGCAGCUGAGGAAGUUCUUUGAGGAGUGCAUCUGCGCAGCAGAGAUUGAGGCAAAGCUUCCUGCAAUAAUGAAGAACGCUGUGUAUCUUCACAAAGCUGCUGCACGAAGAAUCAAAAGCUGCAGAAUCCAAAGGAGAGCCUCUAGACACCACUGGUUAAAACACUCCAGGUCGUUUGCUGUAGCCAACGACGACGACGACGACAUGGAGGAGCUGCGAGCGACUGCCCGAAGGCUGACCUCUGACAGCAGCUUCAGAGAGAGCGUCUACAAGAUCAUCACUCGCAAGGACUCCACAAGCAAAUCGCAGGAUUGAGCCAAUAUUUAUAACUUAAAAUGGAGGUUCUACAGCAGUUGCUGAGAGUUUUGUGGUUAAAGAAAUUAUAGAAAAUAUUAUCUACAAGUAACACGUUAUUUUUUCUCAUCUGCCCAGAGCUGGCAUGCUUGAGAUUGUGUUUUUUAAUGUGUCAUUAUUUUGAGAUAGCAAGUUAAAUAUCUCAUUAUCUUAAGAUAACAAGGAUUGUUUCUCAAUCUAACUUUUUGAUCUUUAAAAACUAAGAUAAAACAAAGAAGUCUUUCUUUGGCAGACUAUAAAAAAACAUAGCCAGGAAGUAAACAGAAUAACUUCCUGUUGAGGAUUCUGACCAUGUGCAACAGUUGUCAAUUAAAUUGGUGCUAAUUUCUUAUUUUCCAGCCCAUCUUGAUCACCUCAUGUUAUUAGAAAAACAAAACUCAUGAUAAACAGUUACAGUAGUUGGUUAUCAGGAGAAAAAAAGGCCUUUUUGUCUAGAUAGAGAGAAAAAUUAACUUGUUAUGUGAAAAUGGGCUUUGUGAUCUAAAGAUAACUGAACAAUUAACUCAUGAUCUUAAAGGUGCAGUGUGUAACAAAUAGUCAUUAAAAACUAUGUUUCUAAUGAUAACUAAUCACUUUAUUCAAUAAAUGUUUUUAUUCUUUUAGUAUGAGCUAUUUAUAACUACUUGUUGUGGGUCCACAUACAUGGCAGCUGCCAUAUUUGUGCAACCAUUUUACUAUGGUGUCUCUUAACAGACAAACAACUUCAUGUGUGACGUAAGAACCCUCUGAGCUUUAAAAUUGCAGUACCAGCUUUGUUUGAUAAGAGCUAGAGCACUG